GAGAAACUGGACCUGCAUGAUUUUGUCUUUAAUUAUAAAAUACAUCUUAAAUUAAAGAGUCUAUAAAUGAAUUAUGUAUUAAUGAAUGCCUGUCUGAAGAGCUUAAUGCACUUUAAUAUUUAUAUAAAGUGCAAAAAUAUUUAAUUAAAAAAGAAAAGCAUUUGACUAACCCUAACCCUUAUUUCAGCCAAGUCAGGAAGAGUAAACAUGGAGACCAACAUGGCGGAAUCUGUCCUCCAUGGUGGGUCUGGGGACAUCUGAUUUUCUGAUCCUGUCUUCCCCGCUGAGCCUAUAUCAACAUAACACAAGGUCGUUUUAUUGGACAGAGGAAGAGCGCUGCAGCAGAGUGUCACACAACCUGGACGUCUGAAUACUUUCUGCCCGAGGAUGCCUCUCCUCCAGGUCGUCCUCUCUCAGGUCCUCAGCUGGACGGGCCUCGGUCAGGUCCUGUUUGUGGUCGGGGCAGGACUAACAGCUGUGGUCGCGGCCUGGACUGCGAGGUUGCUGGUGCGACAUGCCUGGUUCAUGCACAGGCUGUCCUGCUUCAGCAAACCACCUGCAAACUCCUGGAUUCUAGGCCACCUGGGCCAGAUGCGGAGCACAGAGGAAGGCCUCCUGGAUGUGGAUGAACUGGUGCAGACGUACAAACACUCCUGCAGCUGGUUCCUCGGCCCGUUCUAUCACAUGGUCAGGCUCUUCCACCCAGACUAUGUCAAACCUCUGCUAAUGGCUCCCGCCAGCAUCACAGUGAAAGACGAGCUUAUCUACGGACAUCUGCGUCCAUGGCUUGGACAGAGUCUGUUGCUGAGCAACGGGGACGAGUGGUCUCGCAAGAGGCGGCUGCUGACUCCGGCCUUUCAUUUCGACAUCCUGAAGAACUACGUCGCCAUCUUUAACACCUCGACUGACACCAUGCAUGAAAAGUGGUGCCGCCUGGUGGCAGAAGGCACAACUAACAUGGAGAUGUUUGACCAGGUCAUUCUGAUGACCCUGGACAGUCUGCUGAAAUGUGCCUUCAGCUACAACAGCAACUGCCAGCAGUCGACCAGCGAGUACGUGUCGGCCAUCGUGGAGCUGAGCGACCUGAUAAUAGAUCGACGCCAAAGGAUUUUACACCACUGUGACUGGAUUUACUGGAAAACGGAGCAGGGGAAACGAUUCAAGAAGGCCUUAAGCAUCGUGCACAGGUUCACCAGGGAGGUGGUUCAGAAGCGCCGGGCCCUGAUCAGCCGACAGGGGGAGACUGAGACAGCACCACAGAGGAAGAAAGACUUUGUGGACAUCAUACUGCUGACAAAGGAUGAGGACGGACAAGGCCUGACAGACGAGGAGAUCCAGGCUGAGGCCAACACCUUCAUGUUCGCAGGUCACGACACAACGGCCAGCGCCAUUUGCUGGACGCUGUACAACCUGGCGCGCCACGACCACUACCAGGAGAAAUGCAGGCAGGAAGUGACGGAGCUGAUGCGAGGACGAGAAGGACACAAAGUGGAGUGGGAGGAUCUGUCUAACCUUCCCUUCACCACCAUGUGCAUCAGAGAGUCCCUCAGGCUGCACGCUCCUGUGCAGGCGGUGACGAGGAGGUACACCCAGGACAUGGCACUGCCAGGGGGUUGCACUGUACCGACGGGUGCUAUCUGUCUGGUCAGCAUUUAUGGAACCCACCACAACCCUGAUGUUUGGACGAACCCACAUGACUUUGACCCGCUGCGUUUCGACCCCACGAACAAGGAGAGCCUGGCUUCUCAUGCCUUCAUCCCUUUCUCCUCCGGCCCAAGGAACUGCAUCGGUCAGAAGUUCGCCCUGGCAGAGCUUCGAGUCGUCGUGGCGUUGACCCUGCUCAGGUUUCGUCUGAGGCCGGGGGUGAACCCUGAACUCGGCGGCAGCGUUAGAGGAGUUCGCCGUCUCCCCCAGCUCGUCCUGCGUGCUGAGGGAGGCUUGUGGCUGCAGGUGGAGCCUCUGAUCCAACAAGAAGACGCCUGAACGAAAACAAGUUUAGUUCUCAUCUUGUCACUGGAUUAUUGUUUACUGUACUGAUUCCAAAUGAAUGUGUAUCUUUUGUUUUCUAUAAAGCAGUUUGUCAGCCUUCGAUAUUCUUUUGAUUUUAAUAUAUUUUAAUUAUUGUUCCAAUGA